AUGGAGAACCCUGCAGCAGUUCUUGCUGAUGAGGUCAGUGUAAGACUAUCUGGAAAAUCCCAUGUUGGUUCUGAGAUGUCCACAUUGAGGAAAGUAAUUGAUCGACAUCCAUAUAAGAAUCAGUCAACUAGGACACAAGCAGAUGAAGGCAAGGACGAUGCACAUUUGCAGAGCACUUCGCAACAAGAUACGGAAGAGUCCGUAUUUGAAGAUGAUGGCAUUGAAGUUGAAGUACUCCUACCUGAGGAAGAUUCUGCUACCUCAAAUUCCAAGUCAGAAAAGCUUUCUUCUGAUUCAGAGAAGUCAGAUGAUUUUUGGAAUGCAAUUGUUAGGUUAUCAACUGUUGACAAAUCAGUAGUAGAUAAAAAUGGUUUGGCUGUGCAACAGGAACAUCUAAAGAAAGAUGGUCCUGACAGCAGCGAAAUACCAAAUCCCUCAAAGCCGGUGAAACGCAAUAAAUGGAAGCCCGAGGAGGUUGAGAAGCUUAUUAAAAUGCGCGGGAAACUGCGCAGCAGAUUUCAAGUUGUGAAGGGGAGAAUGGCCCUCUGGGAAGAGAUAUCUAGAAACUUGUUGGCUGAUGGGAUCAAUCGAAGCCCAGGACAAUGCAAAUCUCUGUGGGCAUCCCUGGUUCAGAAAUAUGAGGAAAGCAAGAGUGGAAAAAGAAGCCAAAAGAGUUGGCCAUAUUUUGAGGAAAUGGAUGGAGCUUUGUCUGAUUCUGAGGAAAUGGCAACAAAAUGA